UUGAUAAAGUAGUCCAAUGUUCAUCAAUUUUAACCAAAUUCAAUAAAGUACAUUCAUCUGUACAGUAGUGCUUAUGUUUCGAUGCAAUAUCUACUAAGACAAAAAAUAAAAUCGAUUUCAACCAAUUGACAACCCAAAAGAAACCUGUUCCCUUCUUCAACUGACUGAGAAGUAUAUAACAAGUCAGCCUUUCCAGCUGUUAUCGCAGCCGUUACCAGAACAACCAGUGCCAGGACGGAAUUGUUUACUACCCCAACUUGUCGUCGUCAAACAACACUUCAAAAUAUUUCAAACGACAAGAAUUACAUUUAAAAAUGAACAAGAAACUCUCACCGGAAGAUGCAUUCUACGAAAAUCUGACGUUAGGUCUCAUCAAAACUCUAUCAAGUGUGCCGCGCGUCUGCAAUGUUAAUCUCGAGCGUCGUCAGCCGCUCAAUCCCUGCCAGGUGACCAAUUGGGAGCAGCGGCACUGUGUCUAUCUGCCCGAGGAUAUGAAAAAGUUUUACUUGUCUACCGAUGGCUUUGUGCUUAACUGGAGCUAUCAAUAUGCCCCUAACGACGUGCGCCGCGUGGGCUAUAUACACUUUCCGCACCUUCUGCAGGUGACGCUGCUGCGCGAGAAUAUCGAGAACACGCACUCGGUAAACAGCUCCGGCUCUGCGACUGCGAUUGCCAGUGGACCAACUGUUGCUGCCAAGGACAAAUGGGAUAACGCCACGCCUAUCAUUACCGCCAAGACCAAGAUAUUCGAAAUCAACAACAUAAAUGAACUGGCCAAGGUGUGCAUGUUGUACGAUUCCACCAGCUCGAACAAUCCCAGGUUCUAUUUGCUCGAGCUGAGCACCCUUAGCUGGCAGUUUUUGGCCGACACGUUCAGCGAGUAUUUGCGCAUGGCCAUUGCGCAUUUGGGCCUGCCCUACUGGGAGCUGUGUUUCUCCAGCUUUGGCUUGCCCUCGUGGACGGAGCAGCUGUUUCUGCUGCUAGCUCCACACCUGCUGGAGAAGCACGAAUUGCGGCGCGGACGCAUCAUUAAUCCCGCCUGCGAGCAUCCGUACAAUAUCCUCGAUCCGAAUAUAUUUCGCAGCAAGCCAAAGGGCACGAACAAGUCCUCGACGAGCAGUGUGAAGUCGCAUAACAAGUGAAUCCUGGCAGU